GAUUGCCCAACGCGACCCAGAGGCUGAGUCAGGGCUGGGAAGGGAAGGGCGGUGGCUGCGGUGUGAGGCUCAAAACCACUCCCGGCAUUUUCCUUUGCCACAUCGAACCAGGGCCGUGCACAGGACUCAGCCCCCUCCUCACAUCCCAACCAUGCCCACCGAGACCGAGCGUUGUAUCGAGUCCCUGCUGGCUGUUUUCCAGCGUUAUGCAGGGCGGGAAGGGGACAACUGCAAGCUCUCCAAAAAGGAGUUUGUGGCUUUCAUGAACACUGAGCUGGCUGCCUUCACGAAGAACCAGAAGGACCCAGCUGUUGUGGACAGGAUGAUGAAGAGACUGGAUAUGAACAGUGAUGGACAGCUGGACUUCCAGGAGUUCCUCAACCUCAUUGGGGGCAUUGCAGUGGCCUGCCAUGAAACCCUGAUUAAGGCCCCCACCCCUUAAGCCCAACUGCUGUCUCCUCCACCACUGUGAAUGUUCCUCAAACCAGACCAAAGAUUCCUUGAAGAAGCUGGAAGCAGUGCCCUUAAAAUGGGAACAUCCCCCCAACUCCUCAUUUUUAUGUGUAAAAUAAAAGGUUGGAAAACCCA